AGAAAGAUGGAAGAAAAAAAAAUGGUAAUAUGCAUGCGCCUCAAAUGCUCAUGAUCCCAGUCCGUCGCUAUGCAUAUGGUGUUGAAUCAAAUAAAAAUCAAAGGUGCUGUGAGUGGUGGCCUGGUCCUCUGGCUCACCCAUGUGAAUGUGUGUGUGUGUGUGUGUGUGUUUUGUGCCGGAGGCUUUGCAGCGUGCGUUAUGCUGUGUUGGAGGUCAAGUGCGACCCCACGUCGCCGGGCAGUCUUGGCCCCGCAUCUCCCAGGCUCACUCGCUAGGAGGAAACUCGGAGGUGCUCGUCGCAUGUCGGUGGCAUCAGGCCAUGCUCUCGGAACCGCGCCGUGUAGGUACGGACGCUUGGCUGUGUAUGCCGUGUGCGCUUGUGCGCGAAGGGUGUGUCGGACGUGUGUCCACCAAUUCUGUCGUUCGAGAAACCCCUUUCCAAUUCCGUUCUUUUCGUAGGGCAAGUUCCUGCCAGCGCAUCUCGCGUCCGUCGUUUUGCUUGGAUUGCUCCGUCCUUCCCCUGUUUCUUUGGUACGCCUCGGGUGACUCACUCAGAUUGCUCCAAGAUCCCUCUCGGGCCUCGCGGUCCGCUCCCUCUGUCGGUGAUACUCGCUUCUAGAAAAGUCGACAAAAACAGCAGGUAGUGUUGACCCGCAAAAGGGUGUGCGUGCUCAUUUCGAAAAAAGCGUGCCGU